GAGUGUAACCUAUCAAAAUUAAAAUAAGAAGAGACACCAAAUUUCACAGUUUGUAUAAUUCUCUCGGCCGCCGCUCCUCCUCGCCGGCCGCAAUGUCGGGGCAACAGUCACAGGAAGACAGAAUGAGUGAUCUACCAGACUCACUUCUUUAUCACAUUCUCUCCUUCCUUCCAACCAAAGAUGCCGUCGUCACAACGGUCCUCUCAAAAAGAUGGAAACCAUUAGGUCUCUCACAAAUCAUCCUCAAUUUCGAUCACAAAACCUUUCCUGAUCUUUCCACCUUAAGCAGAAUUUUCAAAUCCUUCCUCGCCAAGCGAAGAACAAAUCUACCAAAUCUACCCAUCCACUCAUUCAACUUUACAUAUCACAAAUACUCUCGCUACCGCCGCAACACCGAGAAAAAAUUUGCCAAUAUUGUUAACAUUGCAUUAAAGCGAGGUAUUCAAAACCUCAUCCUCGAUACAAAGAUGGAAUUGCCUUCUUGCAUUUUAAGUUGCAAAAAUCUAGUUGUUCUUAAAUUGAAGAGCCUUGCAUUCAAUAAUGUUCCACAAGUUGUUGUUCUUCCCUCGCUCAAAGUCCUUCAUUUGGAACGUGUCACAUUCCUGCAUUAUGAUUAUUUCUUGAAGCUUUUAUCUGGUUGUUCCAUUCUACAGGAUUUGGAAAUUAAGGAUUUAAUUGUAACCACCUAUUGGGGGGUUGUUGGUUUAGAUAAACAAAUUGAAACUCCUUUGUGGAAUUUGGUCACAGCAAAUAUUUUUGAUGAUUUUGUUCCUAUUUGGUUUGAUUGGUUUCCUAAUGUGGAGCGCUUGCAUGCAUCUUUGGUGCUCAAGGAGAAGUUUCCUUGUACAUUUGACAGCAUUUCCAUGUUUCACAAUUUAACCAACAUAGAGCUUAUCAUCCACUCUCUAAAUUUUCUAUUCAAGUUUAAGUGUCUCAUAAAGUUGCUUCAACAUUGUCCCAAGCUUCAAAGUCUUAUCAUUGAUGAGAGGAUUACAGCAAGUAAAUGCCAUGACGAAGAUUGGGAGGAGCCAGAAAUUGUUCCGAAAUGCCUUUUAUCUCAUCUAACAACAUGUUCACUUAGAAAUUUCAUAGGCAUUCCUUGUGAGCUUCAUUUUGCAAAAUAUAUAAUGAAGAACUCAAAAGUAUUGAACGCCAUGACAAUUCGGAGUGACGAAUUCCUAGAUACAAAUUCAAAGAUACAAAUGUUAAUGGAAUUAAAUCGGUGUCGAAGGGGUUCAGGCACAUGUGAACUUUUAGUUAUGUGGGCAGCAAUGAAAUGAAUUGUUCGUUCAUCUCCCUCCUCUGAUGAAUUACAGUUACCUUUUUGUCGAAAAAAACAUUGUUGAUAAUUUAUUAAGUAGCUAGGUAGAACCUAAGCAAAGAUUCAGAAUGUUCUAGUUAGAUUAAAUUUUACAAUAAUUUACAUUUCUUCUGCAAGUUGUUUUCUUGGUAUUAUCUUCAAUGCUUCAGGUAAUGUUGAAUGGUUGUGUUCUUGAAACCUGUGACUGUGAGUUUUGUUUGAUUUGGAUGGUUUAAUUUUGGUUAUUUUUGCCAUGCAAAUUACAUGGGGGCAUUUUUGUUCUUCUAUGUGGCUUAAACUCUGAUAAUUCUACUUUGUAAAUUCAUUCUCAAUCUUGUGUAUGUAUAUGUUUCCCUAAUCUUCAUUGGAGAGUUUCAA